GUCGGCCAGGGCAGCCUGGGCGCCUCGACCCUCGGCGGCCACAGGGGGACGGGGAGGAGGAGGAAGAGGCGGAGGCAGCGGCGGCAAGGAGGAGGAGGGCUCGCUCGCCUGUUCCGAAGCAGACAUGGUGGACUGAUCCCCGGCAGGCAGGACUGAGAGCAGGGAUUCCCGAGGCUUCCCCGCGUGUGGCCCGCUGCGCGUCCCGCGCCCUGCACGCCCCUCGCCGGUGCCCGCCUUCCCGCCGCGCCCAGCGCCCGGUCCCUAUGGAGGCGCCGCUCGCCGGCGAGGCCGCCGACCAUGCCUAGGAGGGCCGGGAGCGGGCAGCUGCCGCUACCCCGGGGCUGGGAGGAGGCCAGGGACUACGACGGCAAGGUCUUCUACAUCGAUCACAACACCAGGAGGACCAGCUGGAUCGACCCCCGGGACAGGUUAACGAAGCCCUUGUCCUUCGCUGACUGUGUCGGGGAUGAGCUGCCAUGGGGAUGGGAAGCAGGGUUUGACCCUCAGAUUGGUGCCUACUACAUCGAUCACAUCAACAAAACCACACAGAUCGAAGAUCCGAGAAAACAGUGGCGGGGCGAGCAGGAGAGGAUGCUCAAGGACUACCUCUCUGUGGCCCAGGAUGCACUCAGGACGCAGAAGGAGCUGUACCACGUGAAGGAACAGAGGCUGGCGCUGGCCCUCGACGAGUAUGUCCGCUUAAAUGACGCCUACAAGGAAAAAUCAAGUUCUCGCACAAGCCUCUUCUCAGGGUCUUCAUCCAGCACUAAAUAUGAUCCUGAUAUUUUAAAAGCUGAGAUCUCCACCACGCAACUAAGGGUUAAAAAGCUGAAGAGAGAACUCUCCCAGAUGAAGCAAGAACUUCUCUACAAAGAGCAAGGCUUUGAAACACUGCAGCAAAUUGAUGAAAAGAUGUCCGGAGGCCAGAGCGGGUAUGAACUUGGGGAAGCCAAAGCCAUCCUGACAGAACUGAAGUCUAUCCGAAAAGCCAUCAGCUCAGGAGAGAAGGAAAAGCAAGAUCUGAUGCAGAGUCUUGCUAAGCUGCAGGAGCGCUUCCAUGUGGACCAGAACAUGGGCAGCUCGGAGCCAGACCUGAGAUCUAGUCCUGUGAACUCCCACCUCUCUCUGUCCCGACAGACCCUGGAUGCUGGGUCACAGACAAGCAUUUCUGGAGAUAUUGGGGUGCGGAGCCGAUCAAAUUUAGCUGAGAAGGUCAGGCUGAGUCUCCAGUAUGAAGAAGCCAAAAGAAGCAUGGCUAACUUGAAAAUUGAACUGUCAAAGUUGGAGAGCGAGGCCUGGCCCGGGGCCCUGGACGUCGAGAAGGAGAAGCUGAUGCUGAUCAAGGAAAAAGAAGAGCUUUUGAAAGAGCUGCAGUUCAUCACUCCGCAGAAACGCACGCAGGACGAGCUGGACCGCCUGGAAGCAGAGCGCCAGCGACUGGAGGAGGAGCUGAUGUCCGCACAGGGCUUGCCGAGCAGGGCUCUGGCCGAAAGAUUGAAAUUAGAAGAGAAAAGAAAAGAGCUGCUGGGGAAGCUUGAGGAGACUUCUAAAUUAACCACUUCCCUGUACUCGCAGCUCAAAAGCCUCUCCUCCAGCACACUGUCCAUGUCGUCUGGCAGCAGUCUGGGGUCCCUGACGUCCAGCCGCGGCUCUCUGAACACCUCCAGCCGGGGAUCUCUCAACUCCCUCAGUUCCAGUGAGCUCUACUACAGCAGCCAGGGCGAUCAGAUGGACGCAGACUACCAGUAUAAACUGGACUUCCUUCUUCAAGAGAAGGGUGGCUACAUUCCUUCUGGGCCCAUCACUACCAUCCACGAGAACGAGGUGGUCAAGUCUCCCAGCCAGCCUGGCCAGAGCGGACUGUGUACUGUGGCAGCUGCAGCCCCCAGCCACACACCCCCACUGACAGAGGCCUCCAAGUCAGUGACGUCCCUCUCCUCCAGGUCCUCCCUGUCAUCCUUGUCCCCUCCCGGCUCCCCUCUGGUCUCGGACAGCACAUUUCCAGUGUCCCCUCAUGACCCCUCCGUGCACCAGUUCUCCGUUGACUUUGAGGACUGCGGCUUGAGCAGCCACUUUGCCGACAUUGGCCUUGGUGAAAAUCAGGUCUUGCUGGAUUCAGACUCAGGAGCAUCCCAGUCUCUCUUAGAGGAUAAAGACCUUGACGAAUGUGCGGGGGAGCUGCUGUAUGAAGGAGUAACAGAUGUGGAAAAGUCAUUGCCCAAGAGAGGACUCCAUCUGCGUGGAGACAAAACUGCGCGUGUGUCAGCCGCUGCCUCUGACGAGUCCGUGGCUGGAGACAGUGGUGUCUACGAAGCCUCCAUGAAACAGCCUGGUGAAGUGGAGGACACGCCCUACAGUGAAGAGGACGUCACCGUUGUGGAGACUGCCCAGGUGCAGAUAGGACUCAGAUACGACACAAAAAGCUCAAGUUUCAUGGUGUUUAUAGCACAGCUCCGAAAUCUCCACGCCUUCCUUAUACCUCAUUCUUCAAAAGUGUAUUUUAGGGUUGCUGUGCUUCCCUCCUCGGCGGAUGUGAGCUGCCUAUUUCGAACAAAAGUCCAUCCACCCAAUGAAUCCGUGCUGUACAAUGAUGUGUUCAGGGUGGCCAUCUCUCAGGCGGCCCUGCAGCAGAAGACCCUGAGAGUGGAUCUUUGCUCUGUCAGUAAACACCGCAGGGAAGAAUGCCUGGCUGGGACUCAGAUCAGCCUGGCAGAUCUACCGUUUUCCAAUGAGAUCUUCAUGCUGUGGUAUAAUUUACUUCCUUCCAAGCAAAUGCCUUGCGAAAAGAACGAAGAAGAAAAGGGGGCGCCUGUGGUCCACUCAGAGGAGCCGGGCCUGGGUCCUAUAGACCUGGAUGCCGUGUCAGCCUUGCUUGCAAGAACUUCAGCGGAGCUGUUGGCUGUGGAACAAGAACUGGCCCAAGAGGAGGAGGAGGAUGGAGAGCUGAGGCCUGAAGAACAGCGGGAACAGCGGGUCCCAGGGGGAGACUGCUUAACAAUGCUCAGAGAGGCCUCUGAUGAAACUGUGGCCGCAAAGGAGGCUGAAGUUCACUUGGCAAAGGACAGUCGCACAGAAGACCCAAGUUCCUGCACUACUGGGCCCGAGACAAGUGAAGACCAGUGUAGGAAAGACCGCGAGCCUGCUGCAGACCCUGCUCAGCCACCAACUGGAAUUCCCACCCUGGUCGAUAAGGAGACCAAUACCGAAGAAGCAGUGGAUAGCAAUAUGGCGGUCCGCCCCAAAGACCGCAGCGGCCUGAGCUCCCGACAGCAUCCCUUCGUGAGAAGCAGCGUGAUAGUGCGCUCACAAACCUUCUCCCCAGGCGAGCGGAGCCAGUACAUCUGCAGGUUAAAUCGGAGUGACAGUGACAGCUCAACCUUGGCCAGAAAGUCUUUGUUUGUCAGAAACUCCACGGAACGGCGCAGUUUGCGGGUUAAAAGGGCCGUCUGCCAGCCCUCCCUCAGGAGGACUGCUCAGGAAUGCCCUGUGCGCACAUCUCUGGACCUGGAGCUGGACCUGCAGGCCUCGCUGACCCGCCAGAGCCGCCUCAACGACGAGCUGCAGGCCCUGAGGGACUUACGGCAGAAGCUGGAGGAACUGAAAGCUCAGGGAGAGACUGACCUUCCCCCAGGCGUGCUGGAGGAUGAGAGAUUCCAGAAGCUUCUGAAGCAAGCAGAGAAGCAGGCUGAGCAGACGAAAGAAGAGCAGAAGCAAGGCCUGAACGCAGAGAAACUGAUGAGGCAGGCGUCCAAGGAUGUGUGCCGGCUGCGGGAGCAGAGCCGGAAGGUGCCCCGGCAGGUGCAGUCCUUCAGGGAGAAGAUAGCCUACUUCACGCGAGCGAAGAUCAGCAUUCCGUCCCUGCCAGCUGACGACGUGUGACCCUGCGGCUCGAUGUUACUCCCCACCUGCUCUCUUUCCAAGGGAGGGUCAAAGACUGAACAUUUGCUGUUUGUUGUUUUUAUUUUUGUUGGGGGGCGGGGCUUUUGUUGCCUGUAACCUAACUGUCAAUCUUGAAGAACUUCCGUUUCUCACCAGUUUCAUCAGGUUAAUCUCUAAGCUCCUUUGAAUGUAACUCUUACAUGCUUUGCGAAGGAAAAAGAAUUCACAGGACUGAAACGGGGUGAUCUGGUCCCCACGUGUGGCACACCCCUGGGUUUCACUGUGCAAAGUGGAACAGAGGCCGCAGGUGCCCAGUGCAUGCCUGCUGAGCCCACUGCAGGGGGCAGCCGCGCAGGAGCUGAGAAGCUGCUCCCACCAAACCAGAGUCCUGAGCUAGAAAGCCACACUUCCCCACUGAAGGUGCUCGCAAGCAAGAAUCGUCCUGCGUCCACCCGAAACAGGCGCGUCCUUCCGUCAGCUGGGUCUGGCCCUCUCAUUUCCACAAGACAUUUCUUUCUGCCCUCCUAAACUUGUCUGGAGAAAACAAAACGUGUGAAAUGCUGAAUACAAGAACAUGAAAAGCCAAGGUAUAGUCCUACUGUAGAGAGCUGUGGUUGGGACAGAAAGGGAAGGGGGCACCAGCUCCCGAAAAACACACCAAGGAAACACAACUGAUACUUAUGUGGCCUCUGCUUCUAACACAAUCUGAACCUGCAGAGCCGUCUUUCUGGCCUGUACCAGUCCUAGGGAUAAAGGCAAUGCCACAGAGAAGCAUGAGGUGGCCCUGGGUUCUAAUGACAGUGUAGGCAGAGCAGAGGGGACACCCACAGCACACGCGGUGUGGAGGGGACAUACAUACCCAUGUUCAGUAGGUGAGGUCGGAGGACAGGGCGCAUCUUAAUGCUGGCCAAAGAGAACAGUUCGUCCACAGGUUUCUAGGCUUACUAGGAACUAUUUUGCAGCUGUCAUCUUUAGGGGUCUCUCAGUGAGUCAUAGCAGUCGGACGCAAAAACAGGGUGUGCCUGAGGGUACUGAGAGUGUGGACUGGGUCACUUAAACAUAUAUAUAUUUGGGGGGAACAAACGAGAUAGAAAUUGGUCAAAGUAUCCUAUUCUCCGGGUUGGGUUUUAACCAGAACAGGGCACUUCUUUUUUAAAAAAAGAUAAAGAAAGGGAGAGGAAAGAAAAAGACUCAGCAUAAAAGUGUUAAAAUACAUAGGUUUUAGGUAAUUUAAACCAUACUUACUUAGUCUGUCAUACUGGAAGAAGCCGGGUUUUGGUGAGCCAUCUUAUAUAGCAAGCUAAAUUAUUUUUAUUUUUUUAAUGCAAAAUAAUUUUAUAGGAAUUUUACAAAGAAAGUUAGGCAAGAAAAAAAUCUGUUUUAAAAAGAGUUACGUUCUGCUGGAAUCCCCAUUAGUAAGAACUUUUAUUUUCCUGAAUCUAUGCAGAUUUUAGAAAGUUCAUCCUAUCAGAAUCAAAAUGUAUACUCAGCCAGAACUUCAGUUAUCAGUUGCCGCACGGAAAACUCCAGUCGUUUCUCCCCUGAGUGUUCCACAGCUUACACCCAACUUCUUAGCAGAUGUAACUGGACGUGAUAGCACUUGGGACAGAAACCAGCCUUAGUGGCAGACUGAGUCCCGUUUGUCCUGUAGGUGACUGGAGGGAGCUGGAGUGCCCCGCCCCCCCAUCCAGGUCAACUGUGAACAGCAGGUUUAUUUAAUACAGUGCUAAAUAAAGGUCAGCUGUCUUCA